AUGUGCGACAUCCAAGCGAUGUUCCAUCAAGUAAAGGUUGACGGCAUCCAUCACGACUACCUUUGUUUCUUGUGGUGGGAUGACGAGAACUUCGACAGCGAUCCAGUCGAGUACCGAAUGACUGUUCACCUGUUUGGCGCAAACUCCUCUCCUGGAUGCGCUAACUUUGCGUUAAAGACUACUGCAAAUCACUAUAAAGGCGUUUGUGGAAAGGAAGCUGCCGAUUUUGUAAGGAAGGAUUUCUAUGUCGACGACGGUUUGAAAUCGGUCGCAUCAGUUGAGCAGGCAAAGAGUCUUAUCAGCAGCACUAAGUCACUGUGCCAGAAGGGAGGCUUCCGCCUGCACAAAUUCGUUUUGAACAGAAGAGAAGUGCUCAACUCUGUCCCUCCUGAAGACCGAGCAAGAACUGAUCGACAAUCAUUUGUGGUGGGACGGCCCAGACCUUCUUUGAAAACUUUCCAAAGAUUGGAAUCUCACCAACGUUACUACUGCAAUUUCCCCUGA